UUCCUCAGAGUUCUUUUUUGAUCCACAACGCGGAAACCUGAUAACCAAGGUAAGAAACACUUUCAAGUACAUGAUAUAUACAUCUUAGAAUGGCUUAAGUGACAGGUUUGAAGGAAACAACAGCAAAGAGGAGCCCACAUAAAUGACGGAAAUUGAUAUCACUUGGGCAUGACUUGUGUGUUCACUCUAAUUAAUUUGCAGAUCUUACAAAUGUAGCGAAUUCCAAAUUUAUUGGACUUGUAGCCCUGAGUUUUGUGGUUUUCUUAAUCUUUAAAUUCCGAUUACUUGACGUUUUGCGGUAACCGGUCGUUAUUUAAUUUAGCGAAACGCUUCAACGGGAGCAAGGUUUCUCGAGCACCGACCUGUGGUUCUCGGGCGUUCUACUGCUUUUUCUAACAAUAAGAAAAUGGUAACAAUUCUCCACAAAGAGCUAGAGUGUAAAAAUGAAAAAGUUAAGCACAUAAAGUUGGAGGUCAUGCGGCUGAAGACCAAAAGCAAUAUGAAUAGACCUUGUCACGGUUUUCGACGCCAUCUUGACUAGUGGCAUGUAGUAGGCAAACGCGUGAGAAAUUACAGUGUUUGUAUGAGAAGCUAAUGUAGAAUAAUUUCUGUAAAACGGUUGUUCUGAAAAAAAAAAUGACUUGUAAACUAAAGCUACAAGGCGAAGGAUUGUACUAAAAAAUUUGGGGGGUACCUGUGCUUAAAUUUCUUCAGAGGCUUGCUUUAGAUUUUCCAUAUUAUAUUUGUCUGUAAUUUUUCCUGGGACUUUCUUACACACAAAUGUAUAGAAAAUUUUAAAAAGUGGUUAUAGGUCUUCUAGCGCAUGUAACGCCCUCAAUGUUUUCCAGUAGAAUCCUUGGAAGUGAAGUUUUAGUUUAAAAUUCAUAUUUUUUUCAUAACAGUCGUUUUACGGAAAUUAUUCAACAUUAGAUUGUCAUACAAACACUGUAAUUUCUCACGUGUUCUCCUACUCAUCAAGAAGGGGUCUAAAAAACCGUGACAAGGUCUAUUUCCAGCCUGGAUAAAUCAUAACUGAUCAGGGGCGUCUGGAAAAGCCGAAAGCCAGAAUUCGGAAUAGGAAUGGGAUGGAAACAGGAAGCAGAACCCGAAACGGUAACGGAACAGGAACAGUCAUGUGAAGGGAACUGAUACAAGAACUGGGACAUCAGUACCUUAAAUAUUUUGAUUCUAAUUCAAUUUAUACAAAACAUAAGACUAAACUAGCCUGGUAUCAUGCUCCCCCCUAAAUCUCUUUAUAUUAUGGUAACAAGAAGGUAAAAAAUGUGGUAAGUUUAAUAAGUAAAGCAACAGCUUUGCAAGUGCAUCACUCUUUCUGUCAAUUUCUUCACUGUCUAUGCACAACUACGACGUGAAAUGAUCAAAUCUUAAGUUCUCUUGAGAACGUGAAAGGCAGGCGAUUAAUUUUAUUGUGUCUGUCUGAGCUGGGACGCGGUCUCUAUCUUCAUUUCCCGACCUUUAAAAGACUGGACAAUUUGGAAUUAAUGAGAAAUAGUUUGAAGAAGACCGGAAUUCAAUUUGUUAGUGGCGUUUUCACUGGUGUUGCGGUUGUCAGAUCUUUUAUGUUCCUUUUGCCUCUCACAGGAAGGAGGUUAUAACAUGUUAAAAUUAUUUGUCAAACCACGUGUAAAUGAGAAACCCAUCGGAGACAUUUAGUCGGCUGCUAUACACUUGAGAUUUGCUGCAUACAGCUGUAGACAUAUUGUACUAUGCUAAAUUGGGAAGUUAACCAGAAAUAGAUAGUCCACAGCUUUAAAAGGGUAUUAACCUGUACCUUCUCCCUCCUCCCCCCAUUCCCAUCCCAGCCAGCACUUCAAGAAGAAUUCAGAGUCGUUGUGUGAGACAGAAGUGUUCCAUCAAGCGAAACAUUGAACUUAAGUUAAUGUUGUCCCUGUUUUUAUAUAGGUUUCUCUUCCCAUUCCGGUUCCUAUUCCAGUUCUGCUUCCUGUUCCUGUUCCUAUUCCCGCUCCUAUUCCGGAUUCCAGUUUCCUGCUUUUCCAGACACCCACUGAUCAGUCCCGUUAAUUAUUUGUGAAGAAUAAGGGUGAAGGGGCUUAUUAGAGAUGGGGGGCUUAAUAGAAGAUUUACGGUAACCUAUUACGGUUGAACCUGUAUAUAACGGCUUUGUAUUAAGCGACCACCCUCUAUUAAGCGGCCAGUUUUCAAAGUCCCGAUUUUUCACUCAUACAAAUGCUGUAUUUUUUACCUGUAUUAGGUGGCCACCUCUAUUAAGUGGCCGCUGCCACCCUUUAGCAGUCCUGUGUUUGUCUUUCUUUGUUAUUUUUACCUGUAUUAAGCGACCACCUUUGAAUGGAAACUAAGCCAUAUGUCAUUUUAUGCGAUAUUUUAUUGUGUUUAAAAUGCGAUUAUCACCAUAAAGAAAUAACAUUUUCAGAUGUCAUCAGCUUUAUUGCACAGUGCUUUUACAAAAUGUUACGUAUAUUACUACUGCCAUGUUGAUUGUAAAUUUGCAAUAUCUCAUAGCCCUACAAGACAAAGGAAAAUGAGAAUCAACCUCAGAGGUUACAAAAAAUUCACCUGAAAUCAAAUUUUACCUGUAACAUCUACAUGUAUAAAGCUGAGCUUAACUUCACACAGAAAGACAACAAUUUUUUUUUUUUAAAUAAGAACAUGUUUGACUAAGGGUCUCCUAAACCCCUUUGAAUUCACACAAAAAUAUUGAGACUUUCCAUGCUUCACAAAUGAUUCCUAAAAUUUUUCCUGAAAGAUGAAAGAAAACUAAACAAAUUAACAAACUCUGUUUAUAAUGCAAAGGCUCAAUAACGUGGCUGAUCUUGAAGUCUCAAUGCCGCUACGUAUGUGAGGACAUUCGACAUUUUGACUGCUUCCACAAAGUGGGAAACACUACACUGGUGAGUGGCAUUCUUAAGUUGAUUAUGAUUAGGGAACAUUUAUGUUGUUAAGUUUAUCUCAAGUAAUUUUUAUUUUUCUUUUGUUUCAACUUCAUUAGCAUACAUUACCAUGCCCCCCCCCCCCCAAAAAAAAAAAAAACAGAAAACAAAAACUACUUGAGAUAAAAAUUUAACUGCAAAAUAAUGUUUUUUUUGGGGGGGGAGGGGGUGGCAGGGGGCAGAGAGCUAAUGCUCAUGCAUAAGAUUUUUACCUUUGUCCAAGCCAUUCUGAGUACUAAUUUGUUGGAAGGUACUUUAUGUAGGCCAGGGGUAUUUUGCAGAAUGCAGAAUGCAGAAUGCAGAACGUGAAUUGACUCUGAAGUUUAGUGAUGAGGGUUAGGAAACUGUCCUAAUCAGCCUUGGAGGAUAAAACCCUCCUCGAUCUGUAUAAUUCUUUAGACUAGUAGUAAUCAUAGAUCAAUAAGUGCGUUCGAGUUUUCUUAGCUCCAGAUUAGCUUUUGUGUCGUCAAGCUUGAUUUCAAAAUCAUGGAAGAGAUCAUGAAUUAAAAGGUAAACAUUCUUUUAAGUAAAAAUGUUCUUCACGAUAUCUGGCUUCAAAAUAUCUCACUCAUUAACUCUCUACUCUUAAAAUGUCUUACUCUCCCUCAAGCAUGGUCGAUAAAAAUGUAAAGUAGAUCGUAAAAAGUUCUUUGUUGUUAAAAAGAUAAACAUGUCACUACAAACUUCAAAAAAAUGGUAGCCUUGAAGGUUAAAAGUCUUGGCUUCUUGCGUGACACAACUUGAAGUGAAAUCAAUGAUCAUAGGAGCGACGGAAACAUAUUAGGUUUCUGCUAGAUUACUGAUGUCAGAGAACCGGACAGAAUCUUUUGCCAUUGUGCAAACUUUUCAUCUCAUGAUUAUUUUACGUUCAUGUAGGUCAGUUCAACAUGUUUUAAACUUAGCUUGCUUCAGCGAGCGAGAUACUUAUCAUGCAAAAUUACCCGCGUAGAGAUAUCAGACGUGAAUAAAGCAUUACAGUUGUAACAAACUGCACUGAUACGCUCAAGCUUACUUUUUCGUGCAUGAAAGAGGUUAAACUACAAAUAUGUAAAUAGACUCAAAUGCACGGGUAAACUUCUCACGGCACAAAUGUUACCUGGUCUUUAUUUGUGUGUUUCUACGAAGUUCCAGCUCGAUUUGAACGGCAUUGACCGAAAAGUUUAGCAGAAUCAUCAGCUCAGUGAUAAAACCCGCUUAGAAAACAACUCCAAAGUUCAUUCUUUUGCCGAACUCAAAUUUUUCCUGUGUAAUCAUCUAGUUGACCUUGAUGGAACCAGUGAUGCACGUGAUUGCCAUAUGACAAUUGCUUAUGACGUAAAAAAUAGUUGUGUGCGCAUGUCCACCAGGUGAGCCCGCAAUUUCUUUGGCCGGCUAUUGGGCUUAAAAUUCGUGCGCGCGCUUAAUAAUUAUUCAAAAUGGCGCAGAUUUUGAACAUCGCCCGUCCAAGUAACCAAAAAUCUCGAAUCUUCACGCCUGGCAUGCACAGGUAUCCCAUCGACCACAGGAUCCCCAAAGAUUACGAAGCGUUCUCCUAACGUCGAACGCAAUCACACUCAGCCUAAUUGGAUAAUUGCUCGAUAUAAUAUCGAGAAUUAAUGAUAUUAGACAAAAUUUGUUUUGGUGAUAACGAGCACAGUUCAAUUUCAUUUCUUUCUGUUGGAAGGGGGUAUUCCCAGUAUAAUGACUCUAAAUGGAACGUUAUUCACUCUGUUUCCUAACCCUAAUCACUAAACUUUAGAGUCAUUUGGCAUUCUGCAUUCUGCUUUCUGCAAAAUACUCUUGCCACAGGAACAUUGAUGCAAAACACUUUUCGAAAAGAAACAGUCAAGAUCACUUGAUCUUUUGUGUUGAUCAUGGUAAUAGCACUGAAACUGUAUUAACAUAAGAAAGGCUUGUUAGCACAUGAUGUAUAAAUAUUAGAAUGACUUAUGACUGACUUGUGGGUGAUUUGUGCUGCUUUACAAUACUGUCUAUUCGCACAAGACCUGUACAACAACUUUUUUGCAAAUGUCACGGAAAAUUUGGGACAAAUUUCACCAAAAUACGAUUGUUAAAAAAAGCCAAUUCUGCGGAAAUUUUCUAAGCAAAUUUUGCUAGAGAGCAAUCGGUUUUGCACUGUUUUCAUGAAUGUUUUUAAUGAAACAAAAUGGCAAAUUUUGGCAAUUUUUUUUUUCGGGGGGGGGGGGGGGGGGGGGGGAAUGAUGACCUUUACCCUGUGUAAUAACAACAACAACAAAUAUCGACUAUUUAUAAAUGUUACCUUUUUAAAACUGGCAAUUUUGUGCUUGAAACCCCCGCUUGCUUUACGAUCUCCUUUGGACUUGGUAUUGUCUUGCACAAGGUUUUUUUUAUCAGAGAUAAUCAUUUGUAACAGCAAUGAGUUCAGAAAUGCGCCAAUGGCAAAGCCUUUUAUAAUAAUAAAUGUUAUUUAGCCAGGGUCAUCUCUUCAGCAUAAAAUGCUGCUAUCAAUGAGGGCCCUAUAUAUCAUUAUAUCAUACACUGGCCAGUGCCCAGUUUUUUUGCAGUAAUAAUCUAAGAACACCUGGUAGUUUUGGGGCAUUUUCUUGUUGCCAUGACAAAGUGUCAAGAUAAAUUUGCAAGUUUAUGGCAAAAACAGCCCCAUUAGCUGAGAUAAGUCUCAAAUAUCAUUGUUGAACUGUCAUGUAUUAAGGUCUCUACCAAAUUUGGUGGCUCUGUGACCGCGCAAAAUUUCAGAAGCCCCGUGUGGAGGAGGUGGGGGGGGGCUGCGGGAAAGAGUGGUUUUUCAUUUCUGGGAGUUGUGAGUUUAGAACUUGUUGCUUUAUCCCCUAUAAAGUCUUCACCGCAAAUUCAGUGUUGUUGAAGUGUUCUAAAAUAUAUUUAAAAUACUCCGCAUAUAUUUUACUGUAAAGUGCAAUCAGAUAAUCCUAGAUGAAAGACAUUUGUCCAGCCAAAAACUGGUUGUGUCCGAGCAAAAUAGGUUUGACUGGACAACUUGACCGGUGUCAGCCGGGGAAUUAUUUCAUGCCCUGAUUUAUUGUGUGUCACAAUCAACAGAGAAUUUAUUUCAAUAACGUCUAUAAAACACAAAUUUUGAUGUUUGUAAAGAAACACAAAAGGAACACACAUAUAGAUUAGAUGGGCUUAUACAAACGGGGGGCGGCGCUUAUAUCUGGAAUAAUAUCUUCGUUAGGAUUGAUUUCCAGUGUCGCAUAACUUUUACAUGCCUCCGUGCGUAAAAUUUAUGUUCCCAAAUAAAAUACACGCAAUGCACGAAAGGUCACUCAUAAGCGUAAAAGUUGAACAUCGCUCAACUUCUCGUUUAAGCUCAGAACUUUUUAUCUUGCCUCUAUUUUAUUUUACGUGAUUAAAAUUUACUUGUAUUAACGUGUGUAGCCAAAAAUGUGUCAGUGGAAAUCAACCUUUAGCAAAUGGAUGGGCUUAUAUCCAGGGGUGCUUUAAAGUGGGAUUUUACAUUAUAUUGAAUUAAGGUUAAGCGCUGAUUCAAAACAGGUAGCUUCUUUUUAGGGUUAGGUAAUGUUGGUUUAUGGAAAACAGUCUUGAAUAGCAAAACUGGGCCAUUAUUUUUGGAAAUCAGUUGAUGUGAAAAAUCUUGGAGCUUUUAAAAAUGAUAGCAAAUAGUUUGACAUAGUCCCUCGAGUGCCCACUUCAGAAAAUGGUAAAUGACACAUGACUUACUUUUGCUCUCUAUGUGGACUGUAUGUUUUGCAGGUGCUAAAUGAAAUAAUUUUUGUGUCAGUUUAUUUUUUGCGAUAUUAAACUGAAAAGUAACAUUUAUUUCUCGUGACAUGAACCAUGCGUGGUCUUUUCAAACUGCAGAAUUGGAUGCCUCAUAUUUCUUGCUUUCUAUUUAUAAAUAUAUCUCUCAGCAUCUGCCUUGAUGUCAUGCAGUUGACACAAUGGAGCAUUUGGUGUUUGCAAGCAACAUAUUAGAUGAUAGACGUUUUGAGCUGAUGUGUCUGUGAAGCAGUGUUUUGUGAGAAAUAAUUGUGAUCAGACUGAGUACAGCGCAUCAGUCUUGACACCAUGAGCAACUAUCAGUUUUACAGUGAACUUUAUUUACAAUGAACAGUUUAGUGUGUGACAUGUAGGGAUGCUUUACAUUAAUUGUCAACAAAGUCCCUUAAUGUUUAACUAAAUUUUCGUUUACAAUUUUCAUUACAAUACACCUCCUUAAAGUCAUCUAAGUAAAAUAUGAUAUAUAUGAAGCAGCAUUAUACACUAACAAAGCUGUGCCAAACAUUACAAAUAUUUAAUAUUGCUUGCCUUCUAUUUUGGUCCUAUUAAUUUAUUCAAAAAGAAUAUCUGUAUUUUGGCUCCUCUAGCUUCGACAUGGCUAGCACCUCCAUACGAGCAGAAAUCACAGGGGCUCAUUCUAGAUCUAUGCACAACAACUAAUGCCAUUCUCAAUUUGCUGAUAAAUGAUUGGUUAUUUUAGUGGGCUAAUAUAACAAUUGCAAAAUGUGAGCAGUGGUUUCUUAUUGGGGAGUAUUUUGUGAUAAGACGAAAAAUAAUGGAUGUGGGGGUGGGGGGCUAAAUUUUCCCGAUAUCUCGAAAUGUUAGUGACAACCCUGUGAAAUGGUGAAUUUUUAAGGAUUCAGAAGAUUUAAAAGGCAGCAGAAUAGUGAUUUAUAAGCUUUUUUGAGCCUGGGCAUUAAUAGCUGGGGUGGUAGGGGGAGGGUGCUGGGGUGUUCAGGAAGUGGCUAGAUGGGAAUUUGGAACCACAGGCGGAAGGUCUCAUGGUUUCACGGUUUCACUCGUAUGUUUUGCCAUUAUUUCUGUUGUCUACAGUAGAAGCUCUCCUAAUGGACACUCUUGUCAGUGGAGAGCUCUACUUACAUUUUUGUAUUCCAGUAAGUGGCCGGCUCCAGUAAUGGAUACCUUUUUCGCGUCCGGAAGGUGUCCACUUAAGAGAGCUUCCUCUGUAGUAUAAAAAAUGACUAGUAAUAAUUGUUGCCUAUUUGUUAUUUGAAAUGACGUUUAAAGUUUUUCUAACAUUUCUGUUUCUGGUAAAGACAGUUUCAAAGGGUUGUCCAAUACUCACAAAUAGAGUCCAUUGGUAUUAGUGGUGAUAAGAAGGGUGUCCAUUGGUACCAAUGGUAGGAUUGGUACCAGUAGAAAAUGAUGUCAUUUCAUUGGUUCUAUUGGCCACGUCCCCUUAAUGAGAUGCAUAUUCACCAACAGAACCAUUGGAAUGACAUUAUUUUCUAUUGGUACCAAUUCUACCAUUGGUACCAAUGGACCAUCGAUUUGACGAAUCGUGUCUGUUUGUUUAUAUUGGACAUGUGUGAAAGUUUCGAGUUUAUUUCUCUUACUAGAGAAAGAGAAAUUAAAAUUUCAUAAAAGUUAUAUUAUUAUGGACUAUGGAUGUAGUAAUGUUAUGAAGUUGUCGUCCUUACCUCGGUAACCUUACUUAGUUCAAUGUCUUUCAUUGGAAAUUACUGGUAACAUUUCCCAUACAAAUGCCAGUACUUGAAGACACAACAAAGUCCAAGAACUUUAAGGCAAAAAAAAGGAAAAAAUCUUUGCAAGUAAUGGUAGGGUAAUGGCAAAUGUUUGUUAACGCAUGACAAAUUAAUGAGUUUGUCUUGCAUGAUUGUUUCCCCUUUGGUGGUGAGACUGACUAUCAUAUGUGAUGUAGUUGUUGAUUGGUUACUUGCACUAAAUGCAUGUAGUCAGGUUGUAUGGAAGUCUCCGUGAAAUUAGCAUAUGUAAUAGCAUGAUUUGUAGUGAUAUUUGACAUAAAUAUCACUUGUGGUAUUUCAAAAUUGUUAUUCGUAAUUUCACGAGCCGUUAAGCGAGUGAAAUUUGAGACAAUUUUGAAAUAUCACGAGUGGUAUUUAUGCCAAAUAUUAUGUCCAAAUCAUGCUGUAACUGUUGUUAGUGAUCUAAGAGAAGUGAUUUCGAAACAAACGCCCCACCUAUAUAAACACCUCAUCAGAGACGCUAAAUACGGUAAGAUGCUUUUUUUUAAGAGGCGCAUACUCUUAGCUACAUGGUUAGUUAAAAAAAGAAAACUUCACCAGCUAAUAAACACGUGUGCCAUUGUAAAUGAAACAUUAUAGAAAUAAUAAUGAUUAAAACAAUACUGAAAAGCUAUUUACAUUAAAAAUGAAGUUAUAAUGCAUACUAUAAAAAAUUAUUUACAAAAUUGAUUAAAAAGGUGAUUCCUCGAUAUUAAAAUAGUGACUCAUUUUCUGACAGUCUUUUGAACGUUUUAAAAUCGGACAACGCUCUCACGACAACAGGCAAGUUGUUUCAGAUCUUGGGCACCUGAUACAGCCAUGAUUUGUUGUCAAAGCGGGUUGUGUUGAGCUUUGGCAAAAUGUCCUUUCCUCUCAAGGCAUAUGUUUUUUCUCGUAAUGAGAUUAACUCAUUCAGGCUUCCUUUUAUUAUUUACGGGUUUAAAAACCGAACAGAGAAUUUUACUCAUUGUCUGCCCCAUCUGGGUUCUUCUCCCUAAAAGCUUAAGAAAUUCUUUGUAUGUAGUGUGUUUGUCUCAAAAAACAAAGCGAACAGCUCUUUCAUUUUCUUUCUCCAGUUUUUCAGCCGAACUGUUGUUGCAGAAAUGCCAGGUUUGUGCACAGCAAUCGAAAUGUGGUACAAUUAAUGGCAUGUAAAUGUUCUUUCUUAUAUCGUUAGGAAGUAUAUUUCUCAUGUGCUUUAAAACUGCGAUUUGUUGUGAUACUUUUCUUCACGUAUUAACCACUUGCUUAUCGAAUUUCAACAUAUCAUCAACAGCAACUCCAAGCAUCUGUAGGGCAUCACCAAAGCCUGGUAUUUAGGGUGGAUUCUUUUCAUGCCAUUUUCCAAAAACCAUUUAUCUACCAUUUAUGGAUCCUUGGGGAUUAGUCAGAGUUAAUGGUUUCCUAGGCUAUCAAAGGAUCCUUAUCGGUAAAGAAAUUCUGUGUGUCAUCUGCAUAAGUCGAUAGGUCACUACGUUUUAUCACGUAAACAUGAUCGUUUAUAAGUAUGUUUAAUAGAACAGGGCCAAGUAUGGAUCCUUGCGGAAUUCUAGUCGUUAUGUGCUGCCAUGUAGAAUGAACUUUUCCUAGUUUCACCCCUUGCCUUCGAUUAGAAAGAUAGUCCUUUAUAAGGGUAAUAGUUUUGUAGUCAAACUGACAUCAUCGUUAAAGACAACGCAUUGAUUUUAUGAUAAUUUUAAUUACUUUUAAGAUUUUGAAUAAUAUGAAUAAUGUGACUCCUUGUUGCUACACCAAGUUACAGUCCUUUUGCAGUUCUUGUGAUCGAACGUUACUCCACUUUCCACCAAUGAUGAAGUCAUCAAAGACCUUUGCGGACCACGGACCGUGAAUCCACCAACUGUUAAAAUGAAAGUGAAAAAAUCUUUAUUUUCCAAUUUUUUUUACUAGCUGUUUAUUUUUACUUUAUUAUUUUUAGUAUUUUUAGAACUUCUGUGAAGCGUAUUUAUGACUAUAUCUUCUUAAUUUUGACUUGUAUAUACUUAUAUAUUUAGGAUUAUUUUUAUUGUUUUUAGAACUUCUGUGAAGCCCAACUGAGCAUUUUUAUGGAAAUUGCGCUAUAUGUGUCGAUUAUUAUUAGUAUUCCUGUUUUACAAAAUUCAUAGCUUGUGACCUGAAUUAUGACUGGCAGCGGCGAAUAACAAAAAUGAAAGUUGGCUUUUGAAUUCCGAGGUUUGCGUGUUAUUGAAAAGUACAGUUAUCUAUCUGGAUGUUAAUGGUGUAAGAAAGUUGACUAUUAAUGCGCUUAUCUUUUUUUGAAAGGGUGCAAAAGAAGAUCCAAACCGUGACUUUUAAUUAUAAAAAGCGUGGCAAGUGUUUCAGUGAAAAAACAAAAUUGGGAGGCAUGGAAGAUUGCACUGCGGAAAAGCCUUAUGAAUGUAAACGGUGUGGCGGUCGUUUUAGUGAAGCAGAAAGCUUGAAAAAUCAUCAAAGAGUUCACAGUGGACAAAAGCCCCAUGAAUGUAAACAUUGUGGUAAACGUUUCAGCCGUAUAAACCACGUAAGGAAUCAUGAAAGACUUCACACUGGGGAGAAGCCUUAUGAAUGUAAACAAUGUGGCAAGUAUUUUAGUGCAGCAGGAACCUUAAAGAGACAUGAAAGAGUUCAUACUGGCGAAAAACCUUAUGAAUGUAAACAGUGUGGCAAGUGCUUUAGCCUUUCUAGCACCCUGAAGAUCCAUGAAGGGUCUCAUGCUGAAGAAAAGCCUUAUAAAUGUAAACAGUGUAACAAGGGUUUUAGCCAAGCAGGAUACCUAAGGAUACAUGAAAGAGUUCACACUGGCGAAAAACCUUAUGAAUGUAAACAAUGUGGCAAGUGUUUUAGUGCAACAGGAUCCCUAACGAGACAUAAAAGAGUUCACACUGCAGAAAAGUCACAUGAAUGUAAGCAGUGUGGCAAGUGGUUUAGACAUUCCAAUGUCCUAAGGAGGCAUGAACGAGUUCACACUGGGGAAAAACCUUAUGAAAGUAAACAGUGUGGCAAGUGUUUUAGCCGAUCAGUUAGUCUAAGGAAUCACGAAAGAGUUCACAAUGGGGAAAAGCCUUAUGAAUGUAAACAAUGUGGCAAGUGUUUUACUGAAGCAGGCUCGCUAAAAAGUCAUGUAAAAGUUCACACUGGGGAAAAACCUCAUGAAUGUAAACAGUGUGGCAAGUGUUUUAGACAUUCCAAUACCCUAAGGAUACAUGAAAGAGUUCACACUGGGGAAAAACCUUAUGAAUGUAAACAAUGUGGCAAGCGUUUUAAUGCAACAUCAUCCCUGAGGAGACAUGAAAGAGUUCACACUGGAGAAAAGUCAUAUGAAUGUAAGCAGUGUGGCAAGUGGUUUAGACAUUCCAAUGUCCUAAGGAGGCAUGAACGAGUUCACACUGGGGAAAAACCUUAUGAAUGUAAACAGUGUGGCAAGUGUUUUAACCGAUCAGUUAGCCUGAGGAAUCAUGAAAGAGGUCACACUGGGGAAAAGCCUUAUGAAUGUAAACAAUGUGGCAAGUGUUUUACUGAAUCAGGCUCCCUAAAAAGUCAUGUAAAAGUUCACACUGGGGAAAAGCCUUAUGAAUGUAAACGGUGUGGCAAGUGGUUUAGACAUUCCAAUACCCUAAGGAUGCAUGAAAGAGUUCACACUGGGGAAAAACCUCAUGAAUGUGAAAACUGUGGCAAGAGUUUUAUGCGAAUAGCAAGUCUAAGGAUUCAUGAAAGAGUUCACAGUGGGAAAAAGCGGUAUGAGUGUAAACAGUGUAGCAAGUGUUUUAGUCAGCAAGGAGCAUUGAGGAGGCACAAAGAAGUCCACAACAGAGAAAUCUCACAUAAAUGUGACAGUAGCAAAGGUUCGUUUAAACGUUUUCUUUCCAACUGUAAGAGAGCUGGAAGUAACAUAAGGGCAGGAUUGCCUAACAGCACAUUGUCACAUAGAGAGCCUGAUGGCAAUAGGAUGGAAGACCAGCAAUCAGACAUCAAUGAGAGAUACAGCUGUUGGAUUUGUCAAGAGGACAUGAGUAGUGAGGCUCUUCUUCUUCAACAUUACGAAAAUCAUAUGAAACAUGUAGCUGAUAGUGGCUCUUAA